CCAGACAGGAGUUGGUGGCUGAGUCCGUAGCGGGAGGAGAGUCAGCUGCUAGCGGGGGAAACAUGUCCGCGGUGCCUGAUGGGAAGAAGCUCGUCCGGAGCCCCAGCGGUCUGCGCAUGGUGCCCGAGAACGGCGCCUUUAACAGCCCCUUCUCCCUGGAUGAGCCGCAGUGGGUCCCGGAUAAAGAGUGCCCCAGAUGUAUGCAGUGUGACACCAAGUUCGACUUCAUCAGAAGAAAGCAUCACUGUCGGCGGUGCGGGCGGUGUUUCUGUGAUAAGUGCUGCAGUAAGAAGGUGGCGCUGCCCCGCAUGUGUUUCGUGGAUCCGGUGCGUCAGUGUGCCGAGUGCAGCCUGAACUCCCAGAAAGAGAUGGAGUUCUACGACAAGCAGCUCAAAGUGCUUCUGGGAGGUGGAACCUUCGUCGUCACUUUGGGGACGUCGGAGAAAUCUGAAACCAUGACGUGUCGCCUCUCCAACAACCACAGGUAUCUGUUCCUCGACGGUGAAAGUCACUUCGAGGUGGAGUUGUCUCGGAUCUCCAGCAUGCAGAUUCUGACGGACGGUUCGAGUCCAGGAGGAGGGACGUCGCGGGCCAACGGCAUGCUGCUCCACUUCAAGCCAAUGGGCUCCCAGGACGCCCAGCAGCUCCGCAUGGAGGCCGCAGACGACAAGAAGGUGGCCUCGUUAUGGUUGAUUGCGAUGCACAAGGCGGCCAAACUUCUGUAUGAAGCUCGGGACCAGUGACCUGCAGGCCUCCUCCAGAACCUCCAGGCAGCAAACACCCAAGUGUUUUUUGUACCCGGUCCCACCGGGGGGUUUGGUAUCAUUUGGGAUUUUUAUUAACGCCAGUUCUGAUUCUGCUUAACCCGUCUGAUUCCUCAUCGGUUCCUUGAUACCAGUUCUUAUCAUGCUGAUUUCUGCGAGAAACAUUUAUAUACAAAAGAGAAACACUUUAUUACCUCUAAAACCAGUACUUUGUACAUCUUGUUUACCACAAAUAGGCCGUUGCUUCUUCUUAUUUUCUUUCAUAUUUCAGAGUUCUUUAAUCCUUUUUGUUUUAACACAUAAAUCAGGGCAUGCAGCAUUAAUGUUUUUACAUAAAUAUGGAACAAACUGAGCAGUGAGAACGCAGGAAAAGAAGCCUUUCAACCAAACUUAUUAACUGUUGAUUUUUUGGAAAGCUUGUAAUUCCUGUGCUUUUACUUUCUCUGAUAUUUUUUUUGUUGACAUGAACCUUUGAUACAGUUGAACUUUCACAUGAUAACAAAUGUUAAAUGUGUCAUUACACCUUUCUUAAACCAUUCAUUACUUCAGAGAUGCAGUAAAUCUUCAGAUUGAGGCACAGUUGUUUAAAUACUUUUAUACGCUGCAGUUAUUUUGUGUCAUCUGGGAUUUUAUUUCCUGGAAGAAGUGAUGACACACUUUUUUUAUUUCUAAUUCUGCUGACCCUCCUUUCACAGAGGUCAGCUACUCAACACCAAGUAGAGUCUGAAUGUCUUUGAGUACGGUUGAACCAGUUUGAUCUUCCAGAUGAAGAAUUGUCUCACACAGUUUAAAGGACAAAUCCACCUUUUUAAAACCCUUAAACACAGAGAGUGAAGCAGCUGUGUGUGAUGUGUGUUGCAUCCCAGCGCCAAGAGUUUUCCAGGAAAUGAGCAGGACUGAAAGGCAUUCUGGGAAAUGUAGGAUUCUCUAACUGAAGCCGAAGCAAGUAGAGGCAGGGUGAGGAAAAUUUCAUGAGAAAACACUUCCUGAAAUGUUAAAAACAUCACAGAUUUAUCCACAAUGUACACAAAAUAGUUGAAUUUGCCCUUUAAGAGACAGAAGAAAGAUCAGGUGACAUUGAUCUUUUUAUUAAUAACUCUUCUCUCCGCUAAGAUAAGUUACAGAUUUAACUCUUUAGGCCUCCGCGCCUAAGUAAACGACAGACUAUUCACUGAUUCCAGUGAAGCGUAAACACAUAAAUAAAUGCUUUAAAUGUAGUUUCAUGUAUUGGAAGUUUUGUAUGAGCUAUUUUGUUAACUAUUCCUACUUUAAUCGAUUUUAUCCGCUGACGUAUGACGUAUAGUUUUUGUAGCAUUUGUAAACAGUAAUUUCCUUUUGUCCUAAAUAAGAGCUUUUCUCUUUUUUGUUUGUUUGUUGUUAUCUUCGUAACAACCAGGAUGUGAAUUCACCGCCUUCCAUCAAUCGAACGCUGUUCAGUUCUUGAUGAGUUGGGAGGUUUUUUUUAGGUUUGGAAGCUAGUUUUGCUUCCGAGGAGCUUUUUGAAAGAGAAACUUCAGUUCUGACUGAGACGAUGAAAGAGUUGAGAGGAAGUUUAGCCAGUGCAAGAAAACAGUAAUCUAGAACCCGAUAGAUAAAUAUGAUUUCUAAAAGUGACUUUGGUUUGUUCCUCUUGUGUAUUAUCAUAACAUUUGACUCAUUGAUCUACACAUCACUUUUUUUUCUAAACUAUAAAUACACAGAAAUCUAUUGAAGGUUUUCAUGAAAUUAUAAUAUUUUUUUGUAAAAAAACAAACAUUUCAGUUACUGACAUUAAAUGUACUCACAUUCUGUAAUUACCUUUAUGUCUUUAUAAUUAUUAAAUAUAUAGAGAGGGGAAGUCCCGCCCCUUCCAGUUGACCACCAUGGGACAGUUUUUGGAAAAAAAUAUUAACAAAGUCAACGGCGAGGACAAAAUAAUAAGAAAAGACAAAUAAUUAUGUGAUUCCAUUUGAAUUUUGCUAUAAAUUAGAUGUUUGUCAAUUUCAAAGAUAUUUUGCAAGUCAAGAAAUUCGCAUUUUUGUCCAAAAACUGUUGACAUAUAGGACUGUGAAAACAUAAUCAGAAAGACUACAGAAGUAAAAUUGGCGUAAGUGUCGUCUCUCUCUGAAGCUACGAUGUGUUUCAUACCAGCAUGAACUCACAUGCACAACACGAGGUCUUGCUCGUUCUUUUUCUUACAUUUGUGUGUGGAAUGUAGCUAAGUUAGCUAGCAAGCUAACGGCCAUGUUGGUGUUGGUGUUCAACAUUGUGUUAGACGAGAGUUGUAGUUCGCUGAGCGGUUUCGUACAAAAGUAACAACAAACCUACGACUAAAAACAACUUUCUUGACAUGCAAACUUAUCAUUUAAAUUGACAAACAUCCCAUGUGUAAUUCAUGUUACAAUUCAAAAAGAAAAUUGUCUCUUGUUGUUGACUAAAAUACAUGUUUUCUUUCCGAAAUGAUCUUUCUUCAUGCUGCUGCUGCUUCACGUUUAAAGCGUUCAACUAGUGAAACAUGGAGUGUCUCUGUGAGGAGAAUGUAACGGUGCUGCAUGAGAGGCACAAACUAAAAGUCACAUUUCAACUUCUUACAAAAUGGAAAAUGACAAAUGGACCCUUUAAGUCGACAUUUAAACACUUCUUAACCCUAAUUCUCCUCUGAUGCAAAGAUGCUGUUUUGAGUUGGAAGAAA